GACUGAAGAGCUUGCCAGAAGUGAAGUGAAGUGCAUUUUUGUUGUCUUGUCAUCGCUAGUUCGAUUGUUCAUAAAUUGUUUUAUUUAAUUUAUAUAACUAUGGGUUUAGCCACUAUUAUUGAAAAUGAGGCUCAUUUCCAGUCUGAAAUGGCUAAUGCUGGCACUAAGCUAGUAGUCGUUGAUUUUACCGCUACUUGGUGCCCUCCGUGCCAAAGAAUUGCACCGUUUUUUGAGCAAUUGCCUGCGAAAUUCCCCAGAGCAGUUUUUCUCAAAGUUGACGUGGAUAGAUGUGCUGAGACGGCCAGCGCCCAAGGCAUCUCGGCAAUGCCAACUUUUGUUUUCUACAGAAACCGAACAAGAAUUGACCGGCUACAAGGUGCUGACCCUGGGUCUCUAGAGAGCAAAGUAAGACAGUACUAUGGUACAGAAGAUGCUGGUGAAGAGGACAGCGCAGUCGCAGGACAUAUGGAUUUGGGGACUUUCAUCACUAAAAGUGAAUGUGAGUGCUUGAAUGAGGCCGAUGACCACCCCAUGGUGCACGCCCUCACCAGCGGCGGCGGGUACCUCGCCAGUGACUGUGAUGAACAACUCAUCAUCAACAUUGCUUUCAAUCAGCUGGUAAAGCUGCAUUCCCUAAAGAUCAAGGCGCCAGCGGACAAAGGGCCUAAGUUCGUGAAAUUGUUCAUAAAUCAGCCGAGGACCCUGGAUUUCGACCAGGCAGCUGGAAAUGCUUCUGUGCAAGACUUGGAAUUAUCCCCAAAUGACCUAGAAGGCAAUCCGAUACCGCUGAAAUUCGUGAAGUUCCAGAAUGUUCAGAACAUUCAGUUAUUCGUGAAAGACAACCAGUCGGGCGGCGAGGUGACACAGAUAGACCACCUGGCUUUCUACGGCUCACCGAUCUCCACCACCAACAUGGGAGAGUUUAAACGCGUUGCCGGCAAAAAGGGCGAAAGUCACUAGCCAUCGUAUACAGGCUUUAGUAGAGCUCAGUUCAGUGUUAUAAGCGAUUUUGUAAAUCUGUUGAGCUUGUUAUAGAGAACUGUCUCUUCUAAAAAAUAAGUAUAUAUUAAUUAAUGUAAUUGAGUCAUUUCUCAAACUGUGUCAAAUAAGUAAAUAUGUUUUAAUAUAUUGUCGCAUAUUUAUAAAAUAUGAAAGAAACAUCAACAUUAUUUUAAGUGAAAGGUCAUUCCAUGGGCCACAGUUUGUUAAAUGGAAUUCAGUAAUAUCAGGUAUUUGUAUAUUCAAUAAAUAAAACAAAUUAAGACGAAA